UCUUCAACUCAAUACCACUGAGGAGAGAGAGUACUUCUAAAACCCCUGUCAAAACUCACUCUCUCUCUCAUCUUAUAGAGCUUCAAUUAUCUCGUCAAUGGCGGCCUCUGAGACCGCCAAUGUAUCAUCUUUGAGACAAGCUUGCGGAAAUGUACUUGCUGUUUUCAUCCUCAUAUUGAUCGGAGUUCUUGCUUUCUCGAUCCGUCUCUUCUCUGUCAUCAAGUACGAGAGCGUCAUUCAUGAAUUCGAUCCGUAUUUUAAUUAUCGAGUUACUCAGUUUCUCACAAAGAAUGGCAUAUAUGACUUCUGGAACUGGUUUGAUGACAGGACCUGGUAUCCACUCGGUCGUGUCAUCGGUGGAACAGUAUAUCCUGGAUUAACACUGACAGCAGGUACCAUGUGGUGGAUACUGCAUUCUGUGAACGUUCCUUUGUCUGUGGAGACCGUCUGUGUGUUCACUGCACCAGUUUUUUCUGCUUUUGCUUCAUGGGCAACCUACCUUCUUACAAAGGAAAUGAAGGGCUCAGGUGCAGGGUUGACAGCUGCAUUACUUUUGGGCAUGGUUCCAUCCUAUAUAUCUCGAUCUGUUGCUGGCAGCUAUGACAAUGAAGCUGUAGCUAUUUUUGCAUUGAUUUUCACUUUCUAUCUUUAUGUCAAAACAUUGAACACCGGGUCUCUGUUUUAUGCAACUUUGAAUGCCAUAUCAUACUUUUAUAUGGUUUGCUCUUGGGGAGGAUACACCUUCAUAAUUAACCUUAUUCCCAUGCAUGUGCUCCUUUGCAUUGUUACUGGUCGAUAUUCUCACAGGCUCUAUAUUGCAUAUGCUCCUCUGGUUGUGUUGGGCACACUGUUAGCUGCACUGGUUCCUGUUGUUGGUUUCAAUGCAUUUAUGACAUCAGAACAUUUUGCGUCAUUUUUGGUGUUCAUUAUUCUCCACGUGGUUGCACUUGUGUAUUACAUCAAGGGAAUCCUUUCACCACAGAUGUUCAAAGUAGCUGUUACUCUUGUAGUAUCUGGUGGCCUGGUUGUCUGUUGUGCUGUUGUAGCAGUACUCGUAGCGCUUGUGGCUUCCAGCCCCACAAUGGGAUGGAGUGGCCGGAGUCUUAGUCUCCUUGAUCCCACUUAUGCAAGCAAAUACAUACCGAUCAUUGCUAGUGUUAGUGAACAUCAACCACCUACAUGGCCAUCUUACUUCAUGGACAUCAAUGUAUUGGCAUUCUUGGUUCCUGCUGGAAUUAUUGCUUGUUUUUCACCUCUGUCAGAUGCAAGCUCAUUUGCAGUCCUCUACAUCGUAACGUCAGUGUACUUUUCAGGUGUUAUGGUGCGGCUCAUGCUAGUAUUUGCUCCAGCCGCGUGCAUAAUGUCUGGAAUUGCUCUAUCGGAAGCUUUUGAUGUUUUUGCUCGGUCUAUCAAAUUUCAGUUGCCCGCAUUACCAGAAUCUUUACGAGAUGAGGCAGGAGAUCUAAACUCCGGCAAUGCUGAGAUACAAAAUAAUGUUGCUAAAACAGAUAAAAUUGAGGAUGCCACGAAGGAGCGACCUUUGAAAAAGGGAAAAAAGAAGGACAAGGACAAGGAAAAGGAAGCUUCUGGGAAGGUUUCUUUGAAGUCUCGCAUUGAGAAAAGGCUUCUCGUUUUACCCUUUGAAGCGUCUUUAAUUGCUUUGAUCUUAACUGUCUUGCUGGGUGGUUUCUAUGUGGUGCAUUGUGUGUGGGCAGCAGCAGAGGCAUACUCGGCACCAUCUAUUGUUUUGACAUCUCAUGCACAUGAUGGUCUGCAUGUUUUUGAUGAUUUCAGAGAGGCUUAUGCUUGGCUAAGCCACAACACUGAGGUGGAUGACAAAGUGGCAUCUUGGUGGGAUUAUGGGUACCAAACAACAGCCAUGGCCAACCGUACUGUCAUUGUUGACAACAAUACCUGGAAUAAUACUCACAUUGCCACUGUUGGAACUGCUAUGUCUUCUCCUGAAAAGACAGCAUGGGAAAUAUAUAACUCUCUGGAUGUUAAAUAUGUUCUUGUUGUAUUUGGAGGUCUUGUGGGCUACCCCAGUGAUGAUAUCAACAAGUUCCUAUGGAUGGUUCGCAUAGGAGGUGGUGUAUUCCCUCAUAUCAAGGAACCAGAUUAUCUGAGGGAUGGUCAGUAUCGGAUUGACUCUCAGGCAACACCAACGAUGCUUAAUUCCUUAAUGUACAAGCUUUCAUACUACAGAUUUGUUGAGACAGAUGGAAAAGGAUAUGAUAGAGUAAGGAGGACUGAAAUUGGAAAGAAACAUUUCAAGCUUACGCAUUUUGAAGAGGCAUUUACUUCUCAUCACUGGAUGGUGCGGAUCUAUAAAUUGAAGCCUCAAAAGAACAGAAUACGAGGAAAGAUCAAGAAAUCAAAAUCGAAAACAAGCUCGGCCAGCUCAAAAAGAAGCAGAACCAGCAAAAGGAACCCAUGGCAGUAAUUUCUUUCUCGCUUACUUUUUUGCAAUUUUUUAGAGUAGAAAAGUCAUAGUUUAGUUAUUUGUAACCAAUAGUUUAUGCUUGGGCUUCUAGAGAGAAGCCAUAGAGCGUAGCUCAUUAUAUCCAAGAGACGAUUACCUUCCCGCUGCCGAAGAUUUUGUCCUUCACCUCCCUCUCUUUUAGCAAUUGCUUAUUUACUUUUAUGGGGGAGUUUGAUGAUAUGCUCAAAUUCUGCUCUUGUUGCUGGAUUCUGGGUUUUUUUUGCCCUAAAAUGGAGAUAUGUAACAGCAUGUACUAAGACCAUUGACAAAGCAAUACUUUUUUAACAUACACAGUUUACAGCUGAAAUGAGAGUGUUCCAUAUUUUGAAUUACAAGUGCUGCUAAUUCUUCUAGAA